AAUAUAUGGAUAAACUAGCAAUAAUGAAAUAGAUUAAGAGCACGGCUUAUAUCUAUAGCAUAUAAGUUUGGGAAUGGAAACCACAAUGGGGAAGCAUUUAUAGUGUAUUGUGGCUGCCUCGGCACCUUUUGUUCUCAGACCUCUGCCCUCCUCUCCCACCUCCUGGAAAAAGUUUGGCCUGAGACAUAGACAGCGGUUUUCUUUCCCCAAAGGCCAGCCAGGAUGCAAGGCGCCGCCGUCGAUGGGAGGAGCAGGGCUUUGCCGGACAAGGCCGACACGAGCUCCAAGAAGGCGCGGCAGGACCUGCCCGACGGCCACAUGAAGCAAGAGGCGGCCGGUGGAGGAGACGGAGGCGCCAUCGUCACGGCGGCGUACAACCCGCGAGUGGAACUCGCCGUGAGGAUCGACAAGCAAGUGCUCCACUGCCCCCUCUGCACCCUCCCCUUCAAGCCCCCCGUCUUCCAGUGCAAAGCGGGGCACCCGGCCUGCGGCGGCUGCGUGGCCCAGCUGCCCUUCGGGCAGUGCAUGGCGUGCGUGGACAGUGGUGGCUUCUUCGACCCCUGCCCUGCGCUGGACGCCGUGGUGUCCUCCACCAGGAUCGGGUGCCCCAACGCCGGCUGCCAGUGGUACGUGACCUACCACGAGGUCGCCGAGCACCAGAAAGCAUGCCCGCACACGCCCUGCCACUGCACGGAGCCCGGCUGCGGCUAUGUCGGCGCACCACAGGCGCUCGCCGGCCACAUCAACACCGUCCACUCGGCGCCGUUGCGUGCCGUGCAGUACGGCAAGGUCAGCCAGCUCCAGCUGCCGGUGUCGACCCCGCGGCUGGUGCUCCUCGGUGACGACAACCGCGUGUUCCUCCUGACCGUGGGCGCGCUCGGCGCCGGUGCGGCCGUCGUGUCCGUGGUGUGCGCCAGGGCUAGGGCGGCGACGCGGCCCCGGUUCACGUGCAAGAUGUGGGUCAACCUGGGGCCGCCCCCGGCGGCGGCGGCGAACUGCGGCAAGGAGGACAUGGUGCUGGUGGACAUGCACAUCAGGAGCAGCUCGUCGCCCGGCGCGGUGGCCGCCGCGGACGAGCCAACGUUCCUGCCGGUGCCGCGGAUGUACCUGGUUCCAGCAGCAGCAAGGGACGGGACGUCCAUGGAAGUUCCCCUGCACAUCCGCAUCGACAAGCUCUCCCCUUUGUCCGACGCAUUGGUUUGAUUUGGUCCACCGUUGUUGUGUUGAUGGGAAACAAACGAUGCAGCUGAAACUAUUUGGGUGAUGUUAAUUAGUAGAUGCAGUUCAUCUUUAAUGUCAUUGUAGGGUACUGUAUUUAAAUCGGAGGAUAUUAUGCUUGGUGCUAAUCCUGUCGUGAAAUGCAUCUUCUUCCGUUGUU